GUUUUCAAUACACUUCUCUCUCUCUCUCUCUCUCUCUCUCUCUCUCUCUCUCUCUCUCUGACACGAACACACACACAUGUAUUCUCAAGUGCCUAAAUGGACACUAAGCCCAAGCCCAAGCCUAUACCCAGCCAGAGCAACCCAAGCCAAUCGCAGAAGGACUAAGAAUAAGGUUCAUGAUCCGAAAACAGGAAGCUUGGCUUCCGAUGAAAAUGAAGAACUACCCACUAAUAACACCAGCUCAAAUUUCGCCUUUAGCACUGGGGCCAUAUCCCCAUCACCUCAUCGUGCGGUGAGAUUUAACAAACGGCGAUACGGUGGCAGUCGUGGCGACAGGGUGGGGUGGAAGGGGGGCAAGAUAUGCUUGGCGUUGAAGGAUUUGAGGGAGGCAGUGCCGGAGAAGAUCAGCAGCAGUCUCCAAGCCAUUUUGCAGGGGGUCACUGGAGAGGUGUCGGCUAUCACGGGACCGCCUGAUUCCGGAAAAUCAACGCUUCUUGAUGUUUUAGCAUGGAGAUUUGGUCUGAACACGAGGCAGACCGGAGAGAUGGUGAUCAAUGACCGUCAACAGAGUCUAUCCGAUUAUGCUAUUUCCGUUAUAGAGAGACAAGAAAGAGGGGAGGAAAUUGGGAACGACGGAAAAAGCGAAAUAAAAGUUCCAAUCUUGGAAAAACCCAGAUUCCUCUGCCUCCAUGGUUUCAGAACGAGUUCAGAAAUCCUCCAGCAACAGCUCCGACGGUGGCCGGAGGCGGUGCUCGAGAAAUUCGACCUCGUCUUCAUCGAUGCCCCUUAUAAAGCCCAAGGCAGAUCCAUGGUUGAAGGCUUCUACGACCCUCCUUAUUACGAGUGGUUUCAGUUUUCCGAGGAUUAUUCGGAGGUGUACAAUUUUGAAGAAUGUCUUGAUUACAUUGAAGAUUUCAUGAUCAAGCAUGGGCCUUUUGAUGGUCUGAUGGGCUUUUCGCAGGGAGGCAUUUUGUCCGCGGCAUUGCCAGGAAUGCAAUCAGAUGGUGUGGCACUUACAAAGGUUCCGAAGAUCAAGUAUCUGAUUAUAAUGUCGGGGGGCAAGCUCGGCGGAACAGGAUCCAAGUUUUGUAUUCCCAAACUGGCUGCUAAUGCAUUCUCAACUCAUGUCCAGUGCCCUUCCCUCCACAUUAUAGGUGAGGCAGAUUUCUUUAAAGAAUCAGGGAUUGAGUUAUUGGAUGCAUUUGUCGAUCCGCUUGUGAUCCAUCAUCAAAAAGGGCACACAAUAGCAAGACUUGAUGAGAAAGGUCUGAAGACGAUGCUCAGCUUCAUCGAAAAGAUUAAGGAGAUGUAAUUGCAGCCAACAAUCGAAUUUGUCCGAAAUGAUGCCGCGCGCAAAUCUAAUUUUCAUCUUCCUAUAUCGUGAUUUGAACGGAAUUAUGCUAUGGAGGGUAAUGCAUCUGGGGCCCCAAGAUGUGUAUUCGAAUGUCUUAUUUUGAGAGUACAAUAACUAUGAAGGGUUCGAUAUUUUUUUUUUUUUUUUUUUCUGUUUUUCCUGCCGUUUGGCUUGAGUCCUACCGGCUGGGUCUCCCCCAGUCUGGUUUGUACCGGUCUAGUACUCUAGAUCCGGUGGAUUUUGGGUGGUGGGCGAAUAAUUUUAGUUAGGAUUUAGUGGUAGUGGGUGUUCGGAGUGAGGUCUGCGGUGGUCGACGGCGGUGUCAGUGGCGCUUCUUGGGGGUUUCCGGCAGUGGUAGCAGUGCCGCCGUUGUUGGGGUUUUCUGGUAGCAGCUCUGGCUUGUUUUGUUUGCCGGUGUUGUUUCCUUGUUCUGGGCCGUCAACGGCAGUUUCAGGCGUGAAGCAUUGUUUGGUUUCCGGCACGGGAUUAGAUUUCUUCUUUCGCUUGUGAUCUGUUUGUUGUUUGAUUACAUCCGUUUUUUAUUGUCUACUAGUUUGUACUGGGAUUUUGUUUGAUUUCUCUUUGCCUAGUCCCGGAUGGGAUUCUCAUAUCGGCACCUAGUGCUGAUUUGCUUUUGCAGGGUGUCCUGUAAUCCCGGAUUAGAUAGUUUGGUGCACUCCUGUAUUUUGCGAUGUAAUCUUUGCCUUCGGGCUUGAAAUGAAUUGACUGAUUCAAAAAACAAAAAAAAGGGUUCGAAUUUUACCGACCCUAAAGAGAGUAAGCAUUUA